UUGCAAGGGUUUUUAGGUUGCAUGAUAGAUGAACCACUGCAGUUUGAGGAUUACUGCUAUCAGUGGAUACCGCUGUUUAAGAUGAAUGAUAACACAAGCGAAACGUUCGAUAGUGAUUUAUGUGAGAAGCGCUAUAGCCGACGGCAUAGCAUUGCGGUAGAAUCCGAAAAAGAAUGGCAGUGGCUUAUGGAACAGAUUACAAACGCAAUGUUGGAAGCAAAACAAGCAAAUAUGACAGAGCUUUAUUUGAUACUGGGAGGUGUGAUGCGCAAUGGAAACAUGGAACCUACCAUGAGAUUCGAGAAGAAUUUGAAGUUUGUAAAAAUCCAGAAUGAUAAUUCACCGUGCUCACGUUAUGCUCUCGUUGCUGAGUCCAUUGAAGACACUGGUUAUUCUAUCGGCAUGCUUAAAAUGAAACCAAUUGGUCUAAGAUAG